AUGUCGCACGAAGACCGUUGGAGAUUCCGCGGUAGUUGGCUAGUGCUCCACAGAGCUAUCCAAGAAUGUCGUUCGGACAAGAGCGACGAUGCCUCCAGCGUCAGCACGGAUAAAGCUAGCGAGAAUACAAUGCUUCUGAAUAUGCUGAACCAAAGCACUCGAUCACCUACACCCAAGGUCAGCAAGAUGCCAGCUGCACCAUAUAGCCGACACGGCAGCGACAAUGACCGCUAUGACUCCAUGUUCAGCGAUUGUCCUGCACCCACAGUCACACCGUCUCCCACGCAGCUAUGGCUAUCCAUUCUUGAAGCCACCAACGACACCCAGAAGAUCGCACCAAUGGCUGAACAGCUUCUAGGGUACAUACCGCAAGAGAAGAAAGCUUUCGACAUCAUCGAGCAGGUCGGAAACCCCCACAAGAAGUUUUCCGAUGCCGAUGACGCUCAACUCCGACUUCAAUUCCGAGCAUUACUAUGUCCGGAGACAAUUGCCCAAACUCACAACGCCGAUGCCCCGGCAUCGGCCAACUCCAAGGAGAAUCGCCCAAGCAACACUGCAACUGGAGAUGAAAAAGCCCACCGACCUCUUGAUGAGGAAUCUCGAUCAACAUCCAUCGCUAAUGACGAAGUAACCUAUCCAGAAGGUGGCCUGGGUGCCUGGUCGGUUGUCCUAGGGUCGUUCCUUGGACUCAUCGCAUCCUUGGGUAUGAUGAACACAGUCGGUAUCUACCAUGCCUACAUUGCCGAGCACUAUCUUGCAGACUACACCGAGUCGACCAUCUCAUGGAUCUUCAGCAUGUACGUCUUCCUGUCGUUCUUCUGCGGACUUCAGAUUGGACCCAUAUUCGAUGCGCACGGCCCGAAGCUAUUGGUGCUGGCAGGUAGCAUCCUGCUUUGCUUGUCAAACUUCCUGCUCGGGAUUUGCACACUAUACUGGCACUUUUUCCUCGUCUUCGGCGUGCUCGGAGGUCUCGGUACGUCGUUGAUCUUCACGCCUGCGUUCGCCGCAGUCAGCCACUUCUUCCUGCAAAAGCGAGGCAACGCAACGGGUAUCGCAGCAGCUGGAGGAUCGCUGGGUGGCGUCAUAUUCCCGCUGGCGCUGGAGAAGCUGCUACCCAGGGUUGGCUUCCCAUGGGCGACCCGCAUUAUCGGCUUCAUCACGCUCUUCUGCUGCAUUGGCGCCUGCUUCCUCAUCCGCUCCCGCCUACCACCCAAAGCUGGACAAUCAGUAUGGCCUGAUUUCCGAAUCUUCCGGCAUAAGAGCUACUUCCUGCUCACGGUCGGCAUCUUCAUGAUGGAGUGGGCACUCUUCAUCCCGAUCACUUACCUUACCACCUUUGCGGUCAGUACUGGCGCAUUCAGCCCGUCAUUCUCGUACCAACUCAUCGCCAUCUUCAACGCGGGAAGCUGUCUUGGUCGAUGGGUUCCAGGCUUCCUAGCCGAUAAGCUCGGGCGCUUCAACAGCAUGAUUGCUGCACUCGCCAUUUGCUCAGCUACAUCGCUAGUCUUCUGGCUGCCCGCAUCGCUACUCACCCCCACCUCCGCGGCCGAAGCUACGGCUAUCAAAGCACUCUCCAUUGUCUACGCGGUCUUGUUUGGUUUCGCAUCUGGCUCCAAUAUCUCAUUGACACCAGUCUGCGUCGGCCAGCUUUGCGAUACGAAUGUCUACGGCAGGUACUACGCUACCUGUUACACCGUGGUCAGCUUCAGCACGCUUACGGGUAUUCCUAUUGCGGGUGCUAUCAUCCAGGCCACUGGUGGACACUACUGGGGAGUGGUCAUCUGGACCGCAGCUUGCUACAUCGUGGCGUCACUUUGCUUUGUGUGGAGUCGCGCACUCCAAGUUGGCUGGAAGUUGGGUGUGAAGUUCUGA